CACAUUCCGUUGCAGUCAUUUUGUGGCACAGACACAGAGUGAGCAACAGAGAGAGUGAGAGAGAGUGAGAGAGGCUCAUGGCUGCCAUCUGCGGUCGAGUCGCCCUUUCACCUAACCAGGGAUUCAAUCUCGCUAAAUCAGGGGAUAAACAUUAUUUUCAUAAACAAUGCUCAAGCCGGAGCAUCUUGAUGACAGCAUCAAGCACCAGGCUUGGAAAAGGUGGUGGGUUGCUGGAAAAGCCAACCAUAGAGAAAACAACACCUAGUCGUGACUCUGAAUUUGACUUGAGGAAAUCAAGGAAAAUGUCGCCGCCUUACCGUGUGAUGCUGCACAAUGACAACUACAAUAAGAGGGAGUAUGUUGUGCAAGUUCUGAUGAAGGUUAUCCCAGGAAUGACAGUUGACAUUGCAGUGAACAUAAUGCAGGAGGCACAUCACAAUGGCCUGGCAGUCGUCAUUGUGUGUGCUCAAGUGGAUGCAGAAGACCACUGCAUGCAGCUCAGAGGCAAUGGCCUUCUAAGUUCCGUUGAGCCCGCUAGCGAUGGAUGUUGAGGAGUGCUUGCUUGUAGUCUAUUAGUUAUCAUAUCAUAAACAAAAUAAUUACCUACAAUUUACACAAAGAAUUGAACUUGUUAGGUUACAGCCUUAUCAGUAAAAGCUAUAUAUGAUGGCAUGCUUGUUUAUAUGUACAUAAACUUGCUCAUAUUAAGGUGAACUGUUUCAGUUCAGGCAUGUUCUGUUUAUGUUCUUCAUUUAAUUAAAGAAACAGAGAGAAGAGAGAUGAUGGGAAAAAAAAGAGAGGAGGAUUAUAUAGACCUCAUUCUUUUA